AUGGCAGCCAAAGCCUCCGUUGAUGAACUCAAGAUACUCAACGUCAAGAAGCCUGAUAGCGUUAACGGCUCCGCCGGUGCUAACGGAACCGCAAACGACGAUGCUGCAGAACACUCUGGCGAAGAGCCGGAUGACGAUGCUGACGAACCUGGCCCUGAGCCAUCUGCUGCGAAGAAAAAGAAGAACAAAAAGAGGAAGCCCAAGAAGAAGAAGGUCCCCAUUGUCCAGACCGAACCUCCAUCAGUCCUCAUAUCCCAACUAUUCCCAAACAACACCUACCCCAAGGGCGAAGAGGUAGAAUACAAGGACGACAACCUGUACCGCACCACCAACGAAGAAAAGCGCCAUCUAGACAACCUCAACAGCGGCUUCCUCUCCGACUACCGCCAAGCAGCCGAGACGCAUCGCCAGGUGCGCCAGUGGGCACAAAAGCACAUCAAGCCCGGCCAAACCCUCACCGAGAUCGCCAACGGCAUCGAAGAUAGCAUACGUCGCCUAGUCGGCCACGACGGCCUAUCCGAAGGCGAUGCUCUCAUAGCCGGCAUGGGUUUCCCGACCGGCCUGAACCUCGACAACAUCGCGGCCCACUACAGCCCAAACGCCGGCUGCAAGAAGGUGCUCCAGCAGAACAACGUCAUGAAGGUUGAUAUCGGCGUGCAUGUGAAUGGUCGGAUUGUUGACAGCGCCUUCACGAUGGCGUUCGAUCCCAUGUACGACAACCUCCUCGCUGCCGUGAAGGACGCGACAAACACUGGUGUGCGCGAAGCGGGGAUUGAUGUCCGCCUCGGCGAGCUGGGCGGGUAUAUCCAGGAGGCUAUGGAAAGCUAUGAGUGCGAGAUCAAUGGGACGACGUAUCCGAUCAAGCCGAUUCGCAGCUUAUGCGGUCAUACUAUCUUGCCGUACAGCAUCCACGGCACCAAGAGUGUGCCCGCGGUCAAGACGAACGAUAUGACCAAGAUGGAGGAAGGCGACAUGUUUGCUAUUGAGACGUUCGGCAGCACUGGGAAUGGCCGGUGUGUCGAUCAAGGGGAGGUCUCGCAUUAUGCUCUGCGUAGGAAUGCGCCAAAGGUGGACCUACAUUUGUCGUCGGCUAAGUUGCUGUUGGGUACUAUCACACAGAAUUUCGGCACUCUUCCCUUCUGUCGACGGUAUUUGGACAGGAUCGGACAGGAGAAGUAUCUGCUCGGUCUAAGCAAUCUCGUCAAAUCCGGUAUUGUUGAAGACUACCCGCCUUUGGUUGACAAGAAAGGGUCGUACACAGCCCAAUUUGAGCAUACGAUCUUGCUCCGACCUACCGUGAAGGAAGUCAUUAGUCGUGGAGAGGACUACUAA